AUGUCUUGUUCAAAAAUUAGUCUUGACGAGGUAAUUCGUUUUACAUCACGCACAGCUGGUCGUGAUAAAAUCUAUCGUAUAAUUCAAUAUGCAUCACGUUUUCUUGCAUGGUAUUAUAUAAAGAAACAACGUGUCGCAAAUGUUGAACGAUUUGUUGAAUUAUUUCAAAAUUUAGAAUCAGUCAUGAGUUUAACUCGAAGCGGAAUGCGUCUUGGACGUUUUGUUGAUUAUGUAAAAAGUGUUUUAGAAAGUUUUCAUAUACGAAAUAAACGUAUUGGAACAUUAUUUGGUUUAAUUGCUGUUUGUCAAGGUUUAUAUAUGUUAUUUGAUAAUAUUUUAUUACUUCAUCGUUUUAAAAUUAUUUAUUUAAAAAAUUCACAAUAUUUACAACAAUAUCUUAAUCAAGUAUGGCUACUAUGGUUGUCAUUAUCAUUAACACGUGAUUAUUAUGAAAUGCAAGCAUCAUUUGCUGUUGGACAACAUCAUCAACAACAACAAGACAAAUCAUUAAUAAGACGUGCAAAUAUAUUUUGGGCAAAUAAACCAUUAGUUAUUGACACAAUCAAAAAUUUAUGUGAUCUUUAUAUACCAUUAUCAAAUUUGAAUAUUGUUCGUGUUAAUACUGGUUUACAAGGUCUUGCUGGAACAAUUGCAUCCAUUCUAGGUUUAUUGCAAUUAUGGGAUAAAACUUAUCAAUUACCAGCAUAA